UGUUUUGAAGGUGUGCAAACACGCUUAUUUCAAUCGCUCGUUUGCGAUUGGUGGAUGAAUCAGCUUUUUCUCAUCAAUCAAUCGCAAACUGCACUAAGAAAUCAUGGAUCCGGACUGGUGAAAUGAGUAGCAAAUCACUCAUACGUACAAUCCUCCUCCUGCAAAAAGGGAAGAUAGACAGAGAGAGUUGCAGUCCAGAAUCCAGAUUACGUGAUUUAUACAUUUACGGUUGAAUAGAUUGAAGCCCUAGGAAUUCGCAACACAAAUGGCUUCGUCAAAGGUGGUGACAUCUUCAACUUCGAAAAAUCCGGAUCGAAGACGAAAGUCAUCGAAUGCAACAAAAUCUUCGUCGAUCUCUGAUCUUCACACCAAUCAUAUACAGUUCAAAAAUGAUAUUGUCGGUCAUAACGAUCUAUCUACUACCGUAGAUGGCCUUCUUAGAAAUCUCUAUGGCGGCGGUGCAACCACCGCUGUUAGCACCUUAUUGGAUGCUGAGAUCACUUUACUGGAUGCCGCCGUCGCCCCCGGAGCGAGUGAUAACGAGGGGAGUAGCAGCGGAGGAGGGAUGCCGAUUAUUCGCCGGCAAGAAAGUAGCAAUUUCCCUAGGAAGACAGUGCAAGAUAUUUUGAAGGAGAUUGUUGCCGGUCGAAGUGAAAGGAGAGAGUGUAAGCAGGAAGCGCCAGAUGAGUUUAUGACUUUGGAGGAUUUUCUAACCAAGGCUGAUGCGUUGGACAAUGAGGAUGUGAAAAUUGAGCCCCGGCCUCUGGCAACUGAGAGGCUGAGCGAAGGACUUUUCACGUUUGAUUCGCUGCCGAUGAACGCUGAUGGUGCUAUAGGAUUUGGCAGCGGGGAAGUUAAUGGAGUAAGGGGGAAGAGGAGAGCUGCUUUUGAGCCAUUGGAUAAGGCUUCUCAACAAAGGCAACGGAGGAUGAUUAAGAAUAGGGAAUCUGCAGCUAGAUCGAGGGAGAGAAAGCAGGCAUACCAAGUUGAGCUGGAAUCUAUGGCAGUCAAACUCGAAGAGGAAAAUGAAAAACUAAUGAAAGAGGAGGGCGAGCAAACCAGGAAAAGACUCAAGCAGCUAAUGGAAAAUAUAAUCCCGGUUGUGGAGAAACGCAAGCCAGCUCGUGUAUUGAGGAGAGUUUGCUCCAUGGAGUGGUAAUUAUAUUGCUCAGCAACAAUCCUUUUUUUUUCUUUUUUUUAGAAGAGAAAAAAUAUCCUUGAAUUAUUAGUGGAAGAAGGGGGCAUAGGGAAGAAGAAGAAAAAAAAAACCAUGGCUUAUUGGAGAUCACCUAAAAAGUUGAAUAAAUAAUGAAUAGUUUGUUCAUCUGAAUGGAUAAUUGAAAAAGAAUGAUAUGUAUGUGUAUAACUUAUAUAAAUGCUGGUGAAAUUUGUUUAGAAGCUAAAGAUGAGAGGAGGGGAGGUAGAAUAUGGAUGAAUUUAUUAUUAUUAUUAUUAUUAUUAUUAGUUGUAGUAAGAUAGUAAAUUAAACAUUUUCAUUAUCCUUUUU